UUUUUUUUUUCUUUGCCCCCCAUUUGUUUUGUCCUUUUGUUUUUUCGGCUUGUUGGUUGGGGGUUUGGCCACUUGCUCAGCCAUCCUAUCCCGUCAGUCCAACCCCUGAACCUGGUAUGCUAAUGGUAUGGUCGGCCAUUCAUAACUCUGCUUCUCUGGUGACGGACCCCGGUGCGUCCCUUCCACUUCCUCUAGCCAUGCAAAAGAAGCAUUCCCGGCUCUGCAACCAUGAAUGCCUCGCCCACGUCGCCGGAGUCUCAUCCGCACAGGAUUGAGCGGCGAAGGACGGUAGGUGAGUCGAGCGCGGGGACCUGGUCUGCGCGACCGAAGCCAGUGGCUACGGCGUGUGAGCGCUGCCGAAGAAGGAAGAUCAGAUGUGAUGGCGAGACGCCGUGCGCUACUUGUCGACGAUUCUCUAUUGCUUGUGUGCGACCGCGCAAGAACAGCGAGACGCAAGCGGCCCUGGAGCAGCGGGUUCGGCAGCUCGAGGCGCAGAUUAUGGAAUUGAGUACGGGGUUUACAUCGAAUGCUCAGACUCAAUCACCGGGGUCUCAAGGCGUGGACUACCGCGUACCACCGAGGCGAGCGUCCCCUGUGCCUUUGACGCUGAAUACUCAAUUUGGAAACGGGCAGAAUGCUGGCGACAUUGGCGGCGGUGGGCUGUUCAAGGAUUCCGUGGGAGAAUUCAGCCCUCAUGGUCUGGAUAUUCCACGCAUAGAGGUCUUCGAUUGUGCUGAUCUAUCGCCUACCUCGUUGACGCCCACGCCUUCCCUCCCAUCAGCCGGGUCGGUGGCGUCGAGUCCCAUGUCAGCAACGUUGGAUGCUGGACUCACUGCGCCUCAUUUUGCCUUGGCUUUGUCGCCACCGAUGUCGACUUGCCCGUCUCCCAGCUUCGAUUCGCUCCCUUAUCUGUCUCCCACCAGCCUCGCCGAAUCCUCUGCAUCGCGUCGAUCCUCGGUCUCGUCGUUAGGUCUAGACAUGGACUGGGGAACGUCGAGUCUUCCACUAUCCGAGAGCCCGGACGAAGAUUUAGGAUUGAACGCAUUCAGCCCCCUUCCUUCCGACGCGCAAAUCCCAGCUGUGCCCACGAGAUUCGAAGCUGAGACUUUACUGGAGUUGUUUUUCGACAGGACACAAGGCCUCGGGUAUCCGGUUGACCAGGGUCGGUUUCGAGCCUUCCUGGACAUAAUCGAUGCUCCAUACGAUGGACCGUUUGGCCCGAAUAAUCCACAGCCAGUGUCAAUGGCUAAAUUCCACGUCUACAUGGCAAUGGCAAUUGGGCUGCGGCUCAAGACGGACGGUCGUGCGACGGAGAGUCGUCUAUUAGAGAGCUGCUAUCGGCUUGCGCUGGAUCAGAUCCGAUCGCCUCGGUUUUGGGGUCAGCCAUUAGCCGGGGAGGCUGCCAUGCUGAUGGUGCUGUUUGCAAGGGCGAGUCAAGAUCGGAUCUGUUGAUCUUAUGAACUCCGCUACUUGAGGAAUACCUCAAAGGACACGAUACAUAGCAAUCAAUCAAUCAAUCAAUCAAUCAAAG